AUGGAGAGGCGAGCCCUCUCGGCGGACCAGAACGUCCUCAUGACCCACCUGGUGGUGUGGCUCCUGGCACUGGUAUCAGGCAUCCUCCUGGGCCUACGGCUGUUCACAAAGUGGCUCAGGGCACAGCAGCUGUGGUCAGACGACGGCUUCCUGAUAGCAUCUUGGACGUCAGCCCCUCCCGCGGGGCCCUCGGCGCUGCUCCUGCUGGACAACGUCGCCCGCAGCCUGGCCCUGACAGCCAUGGCGUGGAGCAAGACCUCCCUCGCCUGCACGCUGCUCCGCCUGCAGUCGCCGCGCCUGGCCCGCGCCGCGCUGUACUCGGUGGUCGUCUUGGUCAACACGGUCCUCGCCGGCGCGGCCAUCGCGCACUGGCUGCGGUGCAGGCCGAUCGCCGCGGGCUGGGGAAGCGGCGAGGGGGCGUGCUGGAGCAUUAAUAUUCAGAACAUCGUGGGGCUUAGCGCGCAGUCUUUCUCUGCGGCUAUGGACCUUGCGCUGGUGGCUGUUGUGUGGCAGGUUCUUUGGACGAAGGGACUAAGUGUUGGUGAGAAGGUUGGUGUUGGGGCUUUGAUGGCUUUGGGCGUGCUAGCGAGCGCAACGUCCGCCGUGACAGCAGUCCAAAUCUACAACCUCACCGACACCAACUUCCAAACAGCAAACAUCAACGUGCUCCUCUGGGCGUCGAUGGAGCCCAACAUCGCAAUCAUCAUAGCGUCCAUCCCGACGCUCCGCCUACUCAGGGCAUCACGUGGCCACAGCCGCCACCACCAGAAGCUCUUCUCCCGCGACAAGAUCCGCAUCGUGCGGACCGACGACAGCAGGGCCAGCCCCACGACGGUCGGGGCUCCCAUCUUCAAGCAGCACGCCGGGGCGGCGAGCACCACCACGGCCAACUCGACGGCACCUCCGCGGCCGCCGCGACCUACUUCAAACCAGUCUUUCUGGACCGACAGCUCGUCCAUCCUGAAAGGGGGCGCCGGGGAAAACCCGGGCAGGGGCCUGGCGCACGAGACGUCCACCGAGGACCUGAUCCAGCAGUCGCCCGUGUACAGCCCGAGCAGGGACCACGCCCCGUAUUCGCCUGGGGAUAAUACCCUCGGCGUCCCCGACGCAGGGCGCGACACGCUCAAGCCCAGCACGAACGGCAAGCGGCUGACGCCGCUGGAGGAGGAGACCAGCCUGUGGGGGUCGAGCGCGUCGGGCGGGCUGAUGAUGGGAAGCAGUAACUACGCGAGUAACUUCGACAGCUACUACAAUAACAACAACUACCGGUCCAGCUCGAAGUAUAGCACGGGCGCGUUCAUCGACACGUACGGGGCGCAGGCCAAGAACGUCGUCGAGGGGAUGGAGCUGAUCGUGCCGCUGGGGCAGCAGCACCAGCAGCGCCAGCAGCAACAACAACCUCAAUACCAGCGGUACCAGCAGUACUCGCAAUAUCCGCAGAGCCCGGGACAGGACCAGUACCAGAACCACGCGCGCCAGCAGUCGUCACACAGGCGGAAGCCCCCCGUGACCGAAGCGCCGAUGCACAUGGUCCCCGUGACCGCGACGGGUGGAUAUGGAGGCAUGCUAUGA